AUGGCCUCCAACGGAACCCCCUCCGAAUUCCCCUACACCCUAACAAUCUCUCUCCCUCUCCCUACCAACCGCCUGGCGUCCGCCGCCCUGCGCACCCUCGAGGUUGACACCGAGCUCUCCCCCUUCGUGAAGCGCAGUUUCGCCCUGACAACGCCGACCAAAGAGCAAACCGCCGACGAAGAGGCCAAAACUGUGCUGGAGACGACCUACUGCGCGACGACGAAUCGCAUGCUGCGUGUCUCUGUGAAUGGCUUUAUGGAAAACCUGGCAGUGGUGCUUGGAGUGAUGGAAGAAUUGGACGUGGAUGUUCUAGAUGAGGAUGAUGAGAAAUGA